CUCGCCCCAGUAAAGUUAGCCGCUCCAGGUAUAUAGAACUCAAUGAGUAACAUAAGUGCUGAUCUGACAUCACCAAGGUGACAAAGCAAAUUUCCUUGCCACUCAAGUAAUCAAGUUCAAGUUGUUCUCAGCGUUUUGCAGCUCGCUGUUGUGAAAAGGUGACCAAGUGUGAAAGUUAAGAAUGAAGUUUGCGAUUUUCGAUUUUGGAGACAAUACUUUUGAUAUUGGCCAAACAUCAUGGAUACAAGAUGAAAAUUCUACAACAUUUGACAACGAAUCCUGGCUCUUUACCCACGAAAUAAUUGUCAAGUGGCGCAUAGACUUCAAUGCAGCGAAACGAAAAAUGCGGAAAAAAAUUGAUGUAGAUUCAAUCAAAACGGAAAGCGAAAGAUAUCCAGCAAGAAUUUUAAAAUUUGGAGAUGACUUUGACUCCAUGGAUUCAUGCUUAGAGAUGUAUCUGAAAAGUGGAAAACUUCAACUCCUAAAAGAGGAAAAGGUCAAAGAAUCUCACAAAAGAAUUAUAAUUACUAUUCCGACUCCGAUAAGGAGGAUUAUGAAGUCCAGUUUGGUUCACAUAUAAGUAAAAAACCUCCUUCAAAGAAAAGAAAAGUCCAGAAAGAUAGUUCAAAGAAAAACUCCUUAUAUUCCAUGGUUAAAGAAAAAUAUAAACAAACAGAGUUUGAAACAGUGCAAAAUGAAGAAGACAACUUAAACGAGAAUCGUUCCGACAGUACAUCCUUUUUACAGCUAAAAUAAUCGAAAAUCGUUUAAAAGAAGUUUCCGAAGAAUGUAGAAACUUAAAGAUGCAGACGACAAAUUUAGCUGCGUUGAUGAAUUCUGUGAAAGAAUUACCCAUUAUUGUCAAAAGCCUUGAAACUUUAAUUAAUGAACUCCGGUCAAGCAGUACUCAUUCAGUCUCGCCACCUGUCAACACUGAUUUACCAAAACACCUGUCCCCUUUAUGCCUUAAAAGCUCUUGCGAUGCACCUACGAUUGAGGAAAAUGAUAAUGCUGGCAACGGAGUGGAAGAGAUGGUAGCACUGGCUCCUGGUAUUAAGAUUUUGCCUUCGCAGAGGGAUCUUUUGACUUUACAAAGAAUUCCAAAGAAUUACACGUAUGCGUUAAUGGACAUGAUUUGGUCCAGAGAUGUGUUGGCAACACAUUCCCUAACAGGAAAAACGUCCAAUGCUCACAAAGAUAAAACACCAAAGCCUUCAUUGGAUGCUUCAAAAGUUGCUGCACUGUGUGAUGUGGUUGUAAAAAAAUUUCGAUUACCUGACAAAAAAAUGGUGAAAGGAUUCAUAAAGGCAAAGCUAAACAACAGCGAAAGAUGUAAAAAAUUCAAAAAAAGUGACAACGUACCAGAUAACUGAUUCUUUUUUAUAAUUUUAUUUUUGAUAGUUAAUUUUCAUGUUUUUUUCUAGUUAUACAUACAUAUACGUUAUUUGUAUUAUUGGUAAUUUUUGCAAUUUUAUUAACGUAUGCAAGUUUUAAAAUUUUUAAGUUCUAUUAAAUUAUUUGAGUUUUCUGUAUUAUAUUUAAUGGUCAUCUACA